AUAUCGACAUGCUCGUGCUUACAAGCGUUAAUUUGGCUGUCAGAACGAUGCUGGCAAGAUGCUCCAUGAGAUGAUGCAUAUCAACCUCAUCACUGCGGACCGACCGCAUGUUCCUGAUAAAUAUUACCAGGGCGAGCGGGCCUACACGGCUCCCCUAAUUGCUGACUGGGUUUUGAAGGCCAAGGCGAGGACAGAGGAUGUAGUUCAAAAUGCAGACAGCUAUACGCAGUUCGUUAACGCUGUCUUUUUCACGUCAAAGUUCGGAUUCCUCCCCCCUCCAGCGAAGAAAGAACCAUUAGAUGAGGAAUUACAAUGUUUCGGCUACGACAAUGAAUACGUCGACAAGAGCCAGGACAAAUUUAUUAAAGACUUCUGCCACAAGGUAGCUGCCGAGUACAAGCCAUUUUCUAGUGGCAGGAUUGAACACGAGUACGACGAAGGGUUACCAGGGCAGGUCCGGUUCAAACUCCAUCGAACAAGUGAUGGCACCCUACCCUCGGACGAGGUCGAAAGGCAAUGUAACAGCGCCAUGUCUAAGAUCUUCCACGGUUGUGACACAUCAACAAACUGGAAGCAUGGCGGCGCGUACGCUUUUACCAAAGAUAAAAAAGAAAUCUAUACGUACCUCGUUGAGCCUGCGCGCUCACGCCCAGACCCAAUCCCCGCAAAAUUACCCGGCACGUGCGAUGUAUGGUAUAAAUUCUGGCACGCCGAGUUUUUUAUCCAUGGAGGACUUUGGGCGGAAGGCGAUUAUGGCCAGGACAAAUUGCUGCCCAAUCUGCGGAGAUGUGGCGUCGUUACUGCAUGGAAGUUUGAAUACAGGGAGGAGUCGGAUAAGGAUAACUUGGAGUGGUAUGCCUACGGUCACCUCCCGGUUGGCGCACAACAAUGGAAUUGUGUGAGACAGGCAGUGGUGGAUUCGGGCGGCCCACCGGAUAUUGGCUGUGGAGGCAAAUAGUGUCGAAUUUACGGGGCUUACGCCACAGGACUGUUGCCUCGCUCAUCUCCUACUCACAUUCCUUACCCCUUUCCUUAUGUAAUCCAUCUUGUUUCCAUCAGAGAUGGACCUAGA